GAUAUCAUUAGAUCUUCCCUCUCCAACUCACUUCUCAUAAAAACCACACAAAAGUCUUCUCAGCCUAUACCAACUCUCUGCUCUAAUUGUUCUAAAAAUUGUAGACAGAUAGAGUGCAAGAGAUAGAGAGAGAGAGUGUGAGAGAUCUAGAGAGAGAAACAGAGGGAAAUGGCAGCAACAACUGGUGCAGUGCUUAAUGGGUUGAACUCACCCUUCUUGUGCGGAGGCAAGAGAAGCCAGGCCUUGUUGUCUGCUGGUUUUGGAACCACCAGAGUUGGAGGCGGCCCUGCUGCUCCUAAGAGGUUCAUUGUGGUUGCUGCUGCUGCACCUAAGAAGUCUUGGAUCCCAGCCGUUAAAGCCAGCAACAACUUCAUCGAUCCUGAGUGGCUCGAUGGCUCGCUUCCAGGUGACUACGGUUUCGACCCUCUAGGACUAGGCAAGGACCCAGGGUUCCUAAAGUGGUACAGAGAGGCUGAGCUUAUCCACGGCCGGUGGGCAAUGGCCGCCGUGGUCGGCAUCUUUGUAGGCCAGGCCUGGAGUGGUGUCCCAUGGUUCGAAGCCGGGGCAGACCCCAGCGCUAUAGCACCCUUCUCCUUUGGCUCACUGCUUGGCACUCAGCUCUUGCUCAUGGGUUGGGUGGAAAGCAAAAGAUGGGUGGACUUCUACAACCCUGAGUCCCAGUCCAUUGAGUGGGCCACACCUUGGUCCAAGACUUCGGAGAACUUUGCCAACGCCACCGGAGAGCAAGGCUACCCUGGUGGCAAGUUCUUCGACCCCUUGGGCUUCGCCGGCUCCAUCAAGAACGGAGUCUACAUUCCAGACAGCGAAAAGUUGGAGAGACUGAAAUUGGCCGAGAUUAAGCAUGCAAGGCUUGCUAUGGUGGCUAUGCUAAUUUUCUAUUUUGAAGCUGGACAGGGGAAGACACCCCUUGGAGCUCUUGGCUUGUAAAUCAUUUGGUAUUUUAUGUAGAUAUAAUUUAAUUUAAUUUGAUGAGUAUCACCUAAAA